UCUUCUCUGCCCACUCUCUCACCACUCCAUCAACAUGAACUCCAUCGCUUUCAAAUCCUUCGUCGGACUCCGCCAAUCCUCGCCGGAAACUUCCCAUUUCGCCGCCCAACCUAAAUCCAUCACUCUCCAACGGAAGUUCAAUGUUAUCGCCGGAAAAUCCAGCCCCAAGGUACAGGGUCGUAAUCUCCGGGUCGCCGUCGUAGGCGGCGGCCCGGCAGGCGGGGCCGCCGCCGAGACGCUUUCGAAGGGUGGCGUCGAAACAUUCCUGAUCGAACGGAAGCUUGACAACUGCAAACCAUGCGGCGGAGCCAUUCCACUCUGCAUGGUUGGAGAGUUCGACCUGCCAUUGGACAUCAUAGACCGGCGCGUGACGAAGAUGAAGAUGAUAUCUCCGUCGAACGUCGCCGUCGACAUUGGCCGGACCCUUAAGCCGCACGAGUACAUCGGAAUGGUUCGGCGUGAGGUGCUGGACGCUUACCUCAGGGACCGGGCCAAGGAAAACGGGGCGAAUAUCAUAAACGGGUUGUUCUUGAAAAUGGAUAUCCCCAAGGAUAAGAACUCACCCUACGUUCUGCAUUACACUUGCUAUGACGGCAAAACCGGUGGGGUCGGUGAGAAACGCACUUUGGAAGUUGAUGCUGUCAUCGGUGCUGAUGGUGCUAAUUCUAGAGUCGCCAAAUCUAUUGAUGCUGGUGAAUAUGCCUACGCCAUUGCAUUUCAGGAGAGGAUAAAAAUUCCGGAUGAUAAAAUGGUGUAUUAUGAGAACCUUGCGGAGAUGUACGUGGGUGAUGAUGUUUCUCCGGAUUUCUAUGGGUGGGUGUUUCCAAAGUGUGACCAUGUGGCUGUUGGCACUGGUACCGUGACACACAAGGGAGACAUCAAGAAGUUCCAACUAGCAACAAGGAAAAGAGCUGAGGACAAGAUUUUGGGAGGGAAAAUCAUCCGGGUGGAGGCUCACCCUAUACCGGAACAUCCCCGGCCACGAAGAUUGUCGGGUAGAGUUGCGCUUGUUGGUGAUGCUGCUGGCUAUGUGACCAAAUGCUCUGGAGAGGGAAUCUAUUUUGCAGCCAAGAGUGGGAGGAUGUGUGCAGAGGCAAUUGUUGAAGGUUCAGAGAGUGGGAAGAGGAUGGUGGAAGAAGGAGAUUUGAGGAAGUACUUGGAGAAGUGGGAUAAAACUUAUUGGCCCACUUACAAGGUCUUGGAUGUGCUUCAGAAAGUGUUUUAUAGGUCCAAUCCUGCUAGGGAAGCUUUUGUGGAGAUGUGUGCUGAUGACUAUGUGCAGAAGAUGACAUUUGAUAGCUAUUUGUACAAGACUGUGGUACCUGGCAAUCCACUGGAGGAUCUCAAGUUGGCUAUUAACACCAUUGGGAGCUUAGUGAGGGCUAGUGCUAUAAGGAGGGAGAUGAACAAACUUAAUGUAUGACAAUAUUCAUUGUCUGUCUGAUGCUUAUCAUUAGUUUUUGCAUUGUGUAUUUCCUGGUAGACAUGAUCUCCUUAUAAGUAUAACUAUCUGUGUAAGCAAACGGAUUAAAUUUUCAUGCAAUCUCAUAUUGGCACUCA